UUGCUAGCUUCACUACUGCUGGAAACCUUUUGUAAGAAAUUUUCAUUCUCCCACAUUACUUUUCCCCUCUGCCGAGCACGCUUUUGCUGGGGGUGAGUGGUCGUGUGUGUGUGUGUGUGCGUGUUUGAUUGUGUAGGUGGAUCCAGCAGAUGGGACCAGCACAGAGAAAAAGGCACAGUGAAAUUUUGACACAUAGAACCAUUCCUCUUGGGCAGCACUCCAGCAGUGUGCACAGGAUAGACCAAAGUGCCACUCUAGGGAAAAAAGCUCUUCACUCUGGGCACAUAUUUUUGCUUAGGUGUUGCAAAAAAAACCCACCCUACAAGGAAGUGUAUUGUUGCUUGGGAAAGGUUUUUUUCCUACCCUGGUUAGCCUGGAAAACGGAGAAGGUUUAAGGGAAAAUCCUUCAAUACGAGUACUACACUCGAACGCAACAUCUCAUCAACAGUAACGUACGACGUGGAAUUAACUGCCGAGUGUGUGUUUGUGUGUGGUGAAGAAGAAAAAAAAGUUGCCAUAAAAGCAAAGUGUUUGUUGUAAAUUCGACGACGAAUCGAAGUGUCUUGUUCGACGAGGAUUAAGUGAUUAAAACGCUUUUCCGUGACCUCAACUAUCCGACGAGGGGGGUGGAAAAACACCCCAAAAACGCGCAUCCUCUGCAAGGAAGGAUUUGUGUGCUGCAGCAGCUGCAUUCCAGUGUUUACUUGGCACUAUCAGUUCGGGGUCUAGCAAGUUUUCCGUCGGAAUUUUCCAUCCACAAGCACCAGUCACUGCAAAGAGAUGGCUGGAGGUGGUGAUCCAAAAUGGCAGAAAGAUGCGUCCGAUCAGAACUUUGACUACAUGUUCAAGCUGCUGAUCAUCGGUAACUCUAGCGUCGGCAAGACCAGCUUCCUGUUUCGCUACGCAGACGACUCAUUUACCUCCGCGUUCGUGUCGACGGUAGGCAUUGACUUCAAAGUAAAAACCGUGUUCCGUCAUGACAAGCGGGUGAAGCUACAGAUAUGGGAUACUGCUGGACAGGAACGAUAUCGCACGAUAACGACGGCGUACUAUCGCGGUGCAAUGGGUUUCAUCCUGAUGUACGAUAUCACCAAUGAGGAAAGCUUCAACUCUGUACAGGAUUGGGUUACACAAAUAAAAACCUAUUCGUGGGACAACGCACAAGUAAUACUUGUCGGCAACAAGUGCGACAUGGAGGACGAACGAGUCAUUUCCUUCGAACGUGGCAAACAGCUAGCCGAUCAGCUAGGUGUGGAAUUUUUCGAAACAUCCGCCAAGGAAAACGUACACGUGACGGAUGUGUUUGAGCGACUGGUAGACAUCAUCUGCGAUAAGAUGUCGGAGAGCUUAGAUUCCGAUCCAACACUGGUGGCCGGCGGUCCCAAGGGUCAGCGGUUGACCGAUCAACCAGGUCAAGGGCCACCGAACGCAAACUGUAACUGCUAAAAGUUGUGACCCACUUCAAGUUUGUACGGUGACCGGAGAGGGUUAUCUUUCUUCGCGGGGAUGUGGUUUUUGGUGUAACGUAAAGAGAACGAAACAGAAACAAAAAAAGAACGUAAACCCCGUAAACUAAACACACAAAUAUAUCCCGAACAGAAACAACACACAAACAAACGUAAAAGAAAACAAAACACCUUUAAGCACUCGUUAUGCUCUCGAGCUGAAAGCAGUCCACGGAUGAUUCAAAAUCGUAGUAAUGAGUAUCCAUGGCAUAUAAACACAAAUUUACAAAACCAAAACAAAAACAAAAAAAAAACAAAAGUCAGUUUGAACUUAAAGUGCAGUGUAACGUUGGAAGCAAAUGGCUAAACUUUGUCGCUAGUUCUGUGACCAACGGUAACGGUGUCUGGCAAUUGUAAUGAUAUGCAGGGGUAGCUUAAAACAAUGUGGACGUGGGUAAGAAGAGCAUGAACAAGAUGCCCGAAAGGUGGUAAAUAUUGUAAUUUGAUUUAUAGAUGGCUUUUCUUAAAGACAAAAACUCAACCAAAAAAAAAACAAA